AUGUUCAGUUCGUUGUCGUCUUUUGCCUCGUCGUCCGCUACUGCCUCCAUCCCUUUGCAGUCCGUCUCAGGCGCUUAUGAAUUGGAGACAGAGUAUGGCACUGAAGCUGCAGGCAGGUUGUCCAUGAUUUUACAAGCGCUUGAGACUGCUGGGUUUCCAAAAGCCCACGUGAACUCCUACUCCGCCUUUGACCGCAUUUUGAGCGGCAUUGCGUACCUCUUACAGCGCAUUGUUCGUCGGGAAGAAGCUGAGAAAGGCCGUGUGCAAUGGGACGUUCUAUAUCACCCGCACGGCAAUUUGAAGUCUCGUCUGGGGCUUGCGCAGGAGGUCGUGCGCUGUGUGGAAGCUCUUGAUUACGCUUGCCCCGUUGCCAUUCAGCCACAUCAGUUGCUGCUUCAGGAUUUCAGCGACAUUAAGAUAGUGCAGAAACUUGUUCUGUGGUUGAUCGAUGAGGGGCAACUCGCGUCUCAUUGUGAAAAGAUCCGGCGGGAGAGAGCGUUUCUACAGACAAUGGGCCCACAAAAGGAAAGGAAACAUGUCACAGGUGCAAAAACAGGCGUCGAACGUUUGCUUGAUGUUUACGCUCCAAAACGACGGUGGCAAUAUGCUGCAAUUGAGGGAGAACAGGAGGAGUCAGAAGAUGCAUUGAUCCAGCGGUGCUUGCUGGAGUAUGGGGAGAGAGUGCUCGUUGUGGAUUACGGAGACAACGAAGUGGCAAUGGAGACACGCGAAGAAGACGAGCUUCCGGUAGAUCUUGUGGCCCAGAUGGCGAGUCAAGCUGCAGCAGUUGCUCGAAGUGGGACAAAUUUGAAGCCACAAGGAAAAUCGUUGAGUUUCAAUCGACGAAGAUUGAAGAGAAGCGAUCGACGGGCAGAAACGUUUGGCCGCCGCUAUCAAGCGGUAGCGGACCAGGCGAGAGAGGAGCAGCAGACGUUGCUGCGACAACGACGUGAGCGUGAGGCAAAGUUGCUGCAACGACUUGUGGCUGCAUCGGAUGAGAAGGAGAGGGACAGUACAAAUGGACGUGUGGAGGCAAGCGAGGAGGCUAGGCUUCAAAUGGCUAUGGAAAAGCUGAAGAAGCACGAGCAAGAAUUGAUUGAAGAGAAGAAGCACUUGCGUCGUAAGAUGGGGACGUGCAAGUCACAAGCAGCUGCGCUGGAUGAGGCGUUUUUGCUCUCAAGCUGGAAGUGGAGGUGGUGGAAGCGCAAACACCGAAGGAUUCGAUUGCUGUGGCGAAUUUAG